GAGAAAUGUUGGGACAAUCAUAGUCACAUAUAUGAACCUGAUGCAGGGCUGUGUUGCAAGACACCCCCAGAGACUGAGGCUUCUAAAACCACAUGUUCACUGCAUGUAGAUUUGUGUGUCAUUUUAAUAAUUGCUCAUUUUAAUAGGAACUAGUGACCCUAAGGUAAAAUAUCCCCCAGGUAAUGUCCUGCAUCAUUACAUAAUCUUGUGGCCCUGACUUAUGUGGAGGGUGAAACGAUGACAAUAAAAUGUUGUUAUAAACUAUGCGCAGAGACAUAAACACACACGGUAAAUUAUAUUAUUGUUCACAGGAAUCCACAAAUAGUUCUGUACAGAUGACUCACAAGCUGGUAAAUACAUACAACUAAAUAAUAACAUUGACCUCCCACUGUGACCAUAAGACACAUCAUUAUUAUUUUAUUCUACUAUUCUCGAACACGAUUUUAAUAUUUUGUUUCGUCUUUCGCCUCGAAGUAUCGCGAGACUUCUCGAGCAGCUGUUGCCCUGGAAACCAACAUCAACAACCGCUGCUCCAUGAGUUAAAGUCGCUUUGAGUCCUGCAGUUAGUUUUUUUUAACAUUUACUUCCACCAUGGCUGACGACUACUACAAAACACUGGAGAUAAACAGAAAUGCGACAGACGCGGAUAUCAAAAAGGCAUAUCGACGUCUCGCGUUGAAGUUUCACCCAAAGAGCAGCAAAGAAGCAGGAAGCACAGACAGGUUCAGUCAGCUGGGUGAAGCCUACGAAGUUCUCAGCGACCCUCGGAAAAAGGCAACCUAUGACAAGUUUGGUGAGGAGGGACUAAAGGGUGGGAUUCCACCUGAGUUUGGCAGAGGUGGUGCCUGGUCCUCUAAAUAUGCCUACCACGGGAAUCCAGAAAAAACAUUUAAACAGUUCUUCGGAGGUGACAACCCAUUUGCAGACUUCUAUACAAAUGAUGUACCACUUAGCUUUGGUGGCCUGCAACCAGUGGUGGUGAAGACACAAGACCCCCCAAUAGAGAGAGACCUUCAUUUGUCCCUGGAUGAUCUGUUCCAUGGGUGCACAAAAAAGAUUAAGAUAUCUCGCAGGGUUAUGAAUGAGGGUGGAUACACAUCCAGUAUCAAAGACAAGAUCCUCUCUAUAGAUGUAAAUCCUGGAUGGAAAGAAGGCACAAGAAUUGUUUUCUCCAAAGAGGGAGAUCAGGGACCCAACAGCAUCCCUGCAGAUAUUGUGUUCAUAGUGCGGCAGAAGAGUCAUCCUCUGUUUGAAAGACAAGAUGAUGACCUGAUCUACAAGACCCAAAUCUCUCUGGAGAUGGCCUUGACUGGCUUCUCUGUGAAUGUGCAGACAAUAGAUGGAAGGCUACUCAAUAUUCCCAUCAACGACAUUGUGCACCCUACAUACAGAAAAGUGGUGCCUGGAGAGGGAAUGCCGCUGUUCCAGGAUCCUUCACAGAGAGGAGACCUCAUUAUUCAUUUCGACAUCCAGUUCCCCGAGAAGCUCUCCCCUGACGGAAAGCAUCUGAUCAAAAAAGCUUUGAAAUAAAUAUCGAUCACAUUUGAAUACA